ACUUGACAGCUACCAGCUGUUUUUCUCUCUUUGUCUUUCGGGGUUAGGAAAUAAAUUUAAAAGCUGAAAGGUGUUUGUUAUUGAUUUGAAAUUGACAAUAAAUAAAAAAUGAACGAAGAAUCUCGAUGUGGAGAGCUGCAACAAUUAGUUAGAGAAGAAGAAGAAGAAGAAAAUGAAGAAACUACAAUAAAUGCCAGUGGCGAGGCCACUCCGCCAACUAGUCCAGAUAAGUCUCAGCCUAGUAAAAAUAAUUACAUUCCUCAUGCAUCCUCACAACAAGUAUUGUGGGAAAGUAACGCACAAACUUCGCCAAUAAUCAGCAAGACCAGCUCUGAACAAGCUACCAGCCAAGGGUCAAUGGUCUCUGGAAAAGUUAACACUCAUGGAAAUCACCACCAAUUGUUACAACAAUCCCGGGUUAUGUAUGUUAAUGAAAAAGAUAAACAGCGGUCUAGUAAAUCAGAUUUUACUAGUAGAACUCGUCAGCAUAGAGCAACAGCAAGCAUACAAGCAUGCAAGCAUCAUUCCUUUUUGUCAGAGGUCCCAGAUGUCCGGAGAAUGGAACAAGCCUUGUUGCAGCUGCUUGAAGACUUUCAUAGCGGAAACCUCCGUGCCUUCGGUAAAGACUGCAGCAUGGAACAAAUGACAGAAAUCAGAGAGCAACAAGAAAGAUUAGCCCGAAUGCACUUUGAAAUUGGGCAACAGCAGCCCCGUCAUCAAGAAAAAGACACCAGCGGCCCUGGACAGUCUAGUGCGAACAUGCGACACCUUCUUCACAGACUCCAACAGCUCAGUAUGUGCAUCGAGAAGCUACACAAUAAAUAAAAUAAACUAAAAUUUAGUAAAUAAUUAAAUUCAAUUAACAACAUAUAUAAUAAUAAUAAUAAUAAUAUGUACAAAUUUUAUUUUAUAAAUAUUUAGUAACAAU